CAUCUGUCCAGGGAAGACCAAAGGGUCGUGACAGAGAAAACUUUAUAUGUGGUGGACCCGUUGCCCGCGAACACCACAUCCAUGUGCCAGUCUCUCUACGUAAAUAUAACGGUCUUUCUGAAAUCAGCCCGGCUCAGUACAGCAAAAGAAUCUACCACGUCACUUUGUUAUAUUUAUUUUGCUGUACAGUAUUAUUACAUACAUUAUCGACCUUUCUCUAAGCAUUAUACCUUAAUUUUGACCAAUCAGCUUGACUGGAGUAUUUGUAGCUUUCUGUUUAUUAAGGAGUGGUCAGUGCUGACGUAUUUUUCCGUGGUCAUCUGUACAUUUGUCGUAAAUUCUAUUAGUAUCCGAUAA